GAAUGCUUUCCCCUCGGCAGUCACAGUGCAGACUUAAGAGCUCACUGACAAGGUUUUAAGUUCUUCUCUGUCUUCACUGAAUCUUUUCACUAUUGGGAUUAUUCAAACCUGAUCUAAGGUCCCGUCAGCAGCAGCGGAUUCUCCUUCUCCUCCUCCUGCAGCCAUCAUGAAAGUCGCUGCUUUUAACAUCCAAAAGUUUGGAAGGAACAAAGUGUCCGACCCAAAGGUGCUCAACAUCCUGGUUAAGAUAAUUUCUCGGUAUGACAUCAUUGUGAUUCUGGAGGUUGUGGACGCCAGUGGAGAGUCUAUAAAAACCCUCAUGGACACACUCAACACAUCCAACAGGGAACAUCACUACACUCUGAAGAUCAGCAGUCGUCUGGGCCGAACGCGCUACAAGGAGCAGUUCAUGUUCCUGUACAGGGAUGACCUGGUUGACUUGGUCGGCUCGUAUCAGUUUGAUGACAUCGCGACUGAGGGAGGAGACGUUUUCGCCAGAGAUCCCUACAUCCUGCGAUUCAGAUGCCUCAACACAGUCCUGAAGGACCUGGUGUUGAUCCCCGUUCACACUAAACCAGAGGACUCGGAGAAGGAGCUGGACGAGCUCUACGACCUCUUCCAGCACGUCAAGCGGAAGUGGAGGACUGAUAACGUGAUGAUUCUGGGCGACUUCAAUGCAGACGGUCUGUACGUCUCCAAGAAGGAGAUGAAAGACAUCCGUAUCCGCAGUGACAAAAACUUCCACUGGCUGAUCGCAGACGAUGUCGACACCACAGCCAGCAACAAAAACAACCACACAUACGACAGGAUAGUUGUUUAUGGAGACGACAUGCUUCAGGCUGUGGUGCCAAACUCUGCAAAACCCUUCAACUUCCAGCAAGCAUAUAAACUGAGCCAGGAGCAGGCUCUGGAUGUGAGCGACCAUUACCCCGUGGAGGUGGAGAUGAAGUCUGUGACAAAGACGGCACCUGAAGAGGAUGCAGAUCCUGUGCCACCGCUUCAGCCUUGGCUUGGGGUCGUUGACAAAGAUCUGCUGGAGCUGAAGAGAGGAAACCUGAUGCUGGAGAGAGAAAAGCUCGGCCUGGAGAUCCAGAUCCUCCGGGCGAAGAUGGCGAAGAUGGACCACAACCACGAAUAUUAAACUGGACCAGUUCAGAUCUGUAGUGAACUUCCAAAAGGACAUUAAACUGACAUCAUGAUGCACAGAACCACAAAUGGUCAACUUGACAGCUAUAUUUUUUCACACCUUGAACCUGACAUAUUACCGCAGACACAGCAGCUUCUGGACUGAUACAACUUUACCUUAGGCGACAACUGGGACGCCAUAUUUAAUUGUUUAGACCAUCUUGCCUUAAAUGUGAUAAGACAACUAAAGAUAGACAGAAAACAUUGGAAGGAAAGAGGGGUGAAAGGGCCCGUGGGGUUGGGGUCAAACCUGGGGUCACUGCAGUGAGACCAACAGUCUAUGUACCUGGAACGUGAGCUUCACCAACCCGCCCUGCGUACAUAGUUUUAUUUCCUGAAUGACUGCAUCUCACCCUCCCUGAUAUGAACUUAAAGUUUGCGUUUUGACUGAAUUAUCUUAUAACCUGUCUGUCUUGGCUCUUGUUGAGAACUAAUGAAAUACUGAUUUGAUUCUAAACACAAACAAAAUGUGAACAGACAGGUUUGGGUUUGAUUUUAUUUCAGCAUCUUUUUUUUUUUUAAA